ACAGUGCUGACGUUUGUUAGACAGACAGACAUAAGCCGAAAAAAGAAACAAAAUUUGACAAUUAAACUCCAACUGAGACUUUAAUAGACAUCAUCGAGAAUUUGGCGUAGUCGCCCCACGUAUUGAUAUCAUUCCGUUAACGGGUAUUACAUCAACAUUAACUCAAACACUUUUUGGCUCCACAUCCACCUGACUGCAAUUGUGGGUCCGUUUUUAGUUGUCAAUUAAAGAGGAAUGAAGCCGUCUCGGUGCCGCUGCACCAUGGACCCUUCUCUAAUAAUGCUAGUGGUGUUAUUUGUUAACACGUCCACCAUUUCCGAAGGUUUCUAUCUGCCUGGCCUGGCACCGGUUAACUAUUGCAAGAAAUCGGAUGUGUCAACUACGUGCAAGUCGGAUGUCAUUUUGUACGUUAAUCGCUUAAAUACCGAGGAAUCUGUCAUUCCUUAUGAGUACCAUCACUUCGAUUUCUGUCUUGGAAGAGAGGAGAACUCCCCGGUUGAGAACCUAGGCCAAGUGGUGUUUGGCGAGAGAAUUCGUCCUGGUCCCUACCACAUACAAUUUAUGGAGGAUGUGGAAUGCGCUGUGGCUUGCCGCAAGAAUUAUACUGGCGGCAGUGCGGAAAGCGAUCGACGGAUGAUGGUGCUUAAGAAGGGCAUUAGUCUUAAUUACCAGCAUCAUUGGAUUGUGGACAAUAUGCCGGUUACUUGGUGUUAUCAGCUUGAGACGGGCAAACAGUACUGCAGCACUGGCUUUCCGAUGGGCUGCUUGGUACGCACAGAUGGCGAUGGUUGUCCCAUUAAUUCGAUAUACAAUCGGCCAUUGCACUAUUAUCCGUUCAAUCACGUGGAUCUGGAGAUAACUUAUCAUAGUGGCGCUCGGGAGGAUUGGGGCAUGGGCUUCGGCGGCAGCAGCGGUCGUAUCAUAUCCGUAAAAGUAACCCCGAAAUCAUUAAAUCACGCCGAUCCAAAUAAGCCAAACUGUCUGGGCACUGAGCCGCUGGCCAUACGCGAAAGUUCGCUUAAGAAUAGCGAAUUUCUGUCGAUCAUUUACACGUACAGCGUGAAAUUCGUGCAGAACGACGCGGUCAAAUGGUCUUCGCGAUGGGAUUAUAUUCUGGAAUCAAUGCCACAUACGAAUAUUCAAUGGUUCUCGAUUCUAAACUCCCUGGUCAUUGUGCUCUUCCUGAGUGGAAUGGUCGCGAUGAUAAUGCUCCGCACACUGCACAAGGAUAUCGCGCGAUAUAAUCAAAUGGACAGUGGCGAGGAUGCACAAGAGGAAUUCGGUUGGAAGCUAGUGCAUGGUGAUGUUUUCCGGCCGCCACGUAAGGGUAUGCUCUUGUCCGUAUUUCUUGGCUCCGGAGUGCAGGUAUUGGUCAUGUCAAUGGUUACCUUGGCUUUUGCUUGCCUUGGAUUUUUGUCGCCUGCAAAUCGUGGCGCCUUGAUGACCUGCUCCAUGGUUUUGUUUGUGUCGCUGGGAACCCCCGCCGGGUAUGUUUCAGCGCGAAUCUAUAAGAGCUUUGGCGGUGUCAAAUGGAAGAGCAACGUCAUCCUCACUUCAAUCGUAUGCCCCGGAGUCGUAUUCUCGCUGUUCUUUGUGAUGAAUCUGGUGCUUUGGGGAGAGAGCAGUUCUGGCGCUGUGCCUUUUAGCACACUGAUUGCCUUGUUGGCUUUGUGGUUUGGAGUCUCGGUACCGUUGACCUUUGUUGGAGCCUAUUUUGGUUUUCGCAAGCGAUCAUUGGAGCAUCCAGUGCGUACCAAUCAAAUUCCACGUCAAAUACCAGAUCAGUCAAUCUACACGCAACCUAUUCCCGGCAUUGUUAUGGGAGGCGUUCUGCCGUUCGGCUGCAUCUUUAUACAGCUGUUCUUUAUACUAAGUUCGCUGUGGUCAAAUCAGAUGUACUACAUGUUUGGAUUUCUCUUUCUCGUAUUUCUCAUACUUAUCAUCACUUGCUCGGAGACAACAAUCUUGCUCUGCUAUUUCCAUCUAUGCGCGGAAGACUAUCAUUGGUGGUGGCGAUCGUUUUUGACCUCGGGCUUCACAGCCGUUUAUUUGUUCAUAUAUUGUUGCCAUUACUUUGUCACAAAACUCUCGAUUAAGGAUAGCGCUUCGACGUUCCUUUACUUUGGCUAUACGGCUAUAAUGGUAUUCCUCUUCUUUUUGCUAACUGGCACAAUUGGCUUCUUUGCUUGCUUCUGGUUUAUAAGAAAAAUCUAUAGUGUUGUCAAGGUCGAUUAGGCGCAUAAAUCAAGUAUUUAUAAAAAUGUGCGAGCCCGUGUGUGUUGCAUGUUUAGCCACAAUUUACACUUAAGCCUAAUGUGUGUGAUUUCUGCGCUGUGGGUGAACAGCCGGUUUUCUGUUUAUUAUAAUGAACUUAGUAUACAUAUAAUACAUCAUAAUGUAUAUAAAUAUAUGUGAGUAUGUUGUAGUACCGAAGCGCGCAAUAAUGUUAAGUAUAACCAGAAGUACGAGAAAGGGUGAAAAUCAAUCGUGUAGGUAACAUGUUUCAAAAACAGUCUAUUAAAUUUUUGGCAUGAAGCUUAAUCUUUUCAAUGUAACGUCCUAUUUACGAUAUAAACAUGAAUCCGAAAAAUUAACAAAA